UGCCCAUCAGUGCGGGAUGGCACAGUCUAGUGAGGAUCCUGAAGGAGGGGGCAUGGGCGCCAGGCCAGGGAACCUUCCGGAAGAUGAGGAGGAGGAGUCCUACGAGGUAUACCUGAGUGUACUGGUUCACCAUGGACAGGUGGGGCUCAGCUUUUAUGACAGUAAGGACUACAACUUACACUACAUGAUGGACACUGUGGAUGAUCACAACCUGCAGCUUUUAGACAGAGUUGUGCAGGAGGUCAGCCCUAGUGUGCUCAUUACCAGUGCCAAACAGGAGCACAGCAUGGCCAAGUUUAUUAAGGCCAUUGAGAGAAAGUCAUACAACAAGCCAGAGAUUGUCCUGUAUCCUAAUGUUGAUUUCGGAGUGCAGGUCACCAAACAGAGACUGCUCUCAGCCCACCUGCCCUUCCUUCCUUCUUCCAUCACAGAGACAGAGAGAAUCCCCUACCUUUCCUCCUGCCUUCCCUUUGACUGCACUCUCAUGAUGCGGUCUUUGGGGGCUCUGCUGAAAUGCCUAGACAGGCGUAGGGUCGGGGUUGAGCUUGAGGACAGCAGCGUGGGAGUUCCGAUUUUUCAUUUCCUCCCAUACACACUGAAAGAUGUGGUAUUUGUAGACAGAGACACUUACAGUGUCCUCCAGGUUUUCAAACUGGAGCUGCACCCCUCUGUGUACAAGCUGCAGUCGGGAGAGAAAGAAGGUCUCAGUCUCUAUGGGAUUUUAAAUCGUUGCAGGUCUAAGUUUGGCUCCAGAUUGCUCCGCCAGUGGUUCCUGAGGCCCUCCAGAGACCUGAGCGUACUGAGCAGGAGGCAGGAGGUGGUGCGCUUCUUCAGCUCCCCGCGCAGUGCGGACACGCUGAGCACGCUGCAGGGCUGCCUGCGCAACAUCAGGAGCAUCCCGACAUUAUUAUAUAGAAUGUCCCUGUCUCACACUAAAGUCAGUGAUUGGCAGAGCCUCUACAAGACAGUUUACAGUGCAGUGUGUAUUAGAGACACGGUCCGCUCCUUGCCGCAAUCUGUGCAGCUAUUUCGGGAGAUCAGCGAGAGCUUUACCGAGGAUUUAUAUUGCAUCGCCUCCCUUAUUAGCAAAGUGGUCGACUUUGAGGGCAGUCUAGCCGAAAAUCGUUUCACUGUCAAACCCAACGUAGACCCCGAAAUUGAUGAGAAGAAGAGAAGGAUGAUGGGUCUGUCUGACUUCCUGACGCAAGUAGCUCGCAAAGAGCUGGAAAACCUGGAUUCACGGAUCCCGUCCUGCAGUGUCAUCUACAUCCCUCUGAUUGGGUUUCUGCUGUCUGUCCCUCGUUUGCCCAGCAUGAUUGAAAAAGAGGACUUUCAGAUUGAGGGACUUGAUUUCAUGUUCUUGUCAGAGGAGCGUCUGCACUACCGCAGUGAGAGAACCAAAGAACUAGACAGAAUGCUGGGAGACCUGCACUGUGAUAUCAGAGACAUGGAGACCGCAGUCAUGACGCAGCUGCAGGCCACAGUGCUCCAGCGCAGCAGCUGUCUCUACCAGGUCCUGCAGUUGAGUGCGGAGCUGGACUGCUUGAUGGCUUUGGCCCAGGUCUCUCAGGAGAAUGGCUAUUGCUCCCCGUUGCUGUCUCCUCACUCAUGUUUAAACCUCAAACAGGCCAGGCACCCCCUGCUGGAGCUGUGCUCCGCUGUGUUUGUUCCUAAUCCUCUGUCCAGUUCAGAGAGAGAGGGCAAAGUAAAGGUCCUGACUGGACCAAACUCUUCAGGAAAGAGCAUCUACCUCAAACAGGUUGGCCUGAUUGUGUUCAUGGCACUGAUUGGCUCUGAUGUGCCAGCGAAAGAGGCAGAGGUCGGAUUGGUCGACUGCAUUUUCACACGGAUGCAAAGCCGUGAAUCCGUGUCUGUAGGGAUGAGCACCUUCAUGAUUGACUUAAAUCAGAUGGCCUAUGCACUGAACAACAGCACAGGAAGCUCUUUGGUGCUGAUUGAUGAAUUUGGCAAAGGGACCAACACGGUGGAUGGCCUGUCUCUCCUGGCGUCUUGUGUCAACUUCUGGUUACAGAAACCUCCCACUCAGUGUCCACAUAUCCUGCUGGCUACCAAUUUUCACAGCCUGGUUCAGCUGGGCCUGCUAGCACCCUCCCCUCAGCUCUCCCUGCUGACCCUGGAAACUGCUAUAGAUGGAGAGGACUUGGUUUUCCUGUACCAGCUAAAAGAAGGUAUUUGCCAGUCCAGUUACGCUGCCAACAUCGCUACCCUGGCUGGGCUGCCGCACGCUGUAGUACAGAGAGGAGUGGAGGUGUCUGAGCUGUACAGGGCAGGCAAGCCUAUUAAACGCAUUGAUCGGCCGUCAACGGCAGAGCAAACUAAAAGGUGUUUGAGUCUUGUGGAAAGAUUCCUGAGCCUGGAUCUGGAGGAGCCAUCAGUGAACGUACAGUCAUACAUGGAGGAGCUACAGGCAACUGGAGAGCUUCUGUAGCACAAGUUUGAACAGUCAAGUGCAGUUUUAGCCACAAGCAUGGAAGUCAAUCAUAAGUUUCCGUAGCAAGAGGGAAUGACCGUUGUAUUGUACAGCUUCUACACUGAAUUUGAAGUACUGUAGCAGACAUCCUGCUAUGUACACAGUAGCCUGCCACUUUAUUUUACUUCCUGUUGUAGAGUUACUGAUGGGAUGCACUAUAACCAGGAUUAACUAGUAUUGGCAUUAGUUUAGUACUUCUGCAUUUUUACCGGCACCGAGUCAGGCUUUAACAUGCAGGCUAGUUGUUGCAUAGAAGUCACCAUGUUACUGGCCAUGGAUUAGUCAAGUGUUGCUGCCACCAAUAUUUAGACACCUUUUGAAUUACAGGCAACAUUUAUUCAGAAAAAACAUUAAAUACAAUAGAUAAGAGCA